CUUUAGUUUUGGAUCAUAUCAAUCAACAUGGCGAAUGUGGACCGUGAUCGGCGUGUGCAGGUAGACCGUACUGACAAACGUGUUCAUCUUCAGCCAUCCUACGAAGAUGAUGUCGGUUUUGGUGGUUAUGGUGCUGGUUCUGAUUUUAAGAGUCGCGGCCCCUCCACUAACCAAAUCUUGGCACUUAUAGCAGGAGUUCCCAUUGGUGGCACACUGCUAACUCUAGCUGGGCUCACUCUAGCUGGCUCGGUGAUAGGCUUGCUAGUCUCCAUCCCCCUCUUCCUUCUCUUCAGUCCGGUCAUUGUCCCGGCGGCUCUCACAAUCGGGCUUGCUGUGACCGGAAUCUUGGCUUCUGGUUUGUUUGGGCUGACGGGUCUGAGCUCGGUCUCGUGGGUGCUAAACUACCUCCGUGGGACGAGUGAUACAGUCCCGGAGCAAUUGGACUAUGCUAAGCGACGUAUGGCUGAUGCGGUAGGCUAUGCUGGUAUGAAGGGAAAAGAGAUGGGCCAGUAUGUGCAAGAUAAGGCUCAUGAGGCCCGUGAGACUGAGUUCACGACUGAGACCCAUGAGCCGGGUAAGGCCAGGAGGCUCAUAAGCUAAUUAUAAAUUUCUCGAGUCUGUUGAAAAAGCGAUCAUGUUAUUUCACUUUUAUGUCCCAGUUUCUUUUCCUCUUUUAAGAAUAUCUUUGUUAAUAUGUGUACGUUCGUUUUGUCUUGUCCAAAUAAAAAUCCUUGUUAGUG